CCUCCUCGGCGGCGGGAGGAGGAGCAGGAGCGGGAGCGGGGCCGGCGGCCCGGCCCGGGUCCUGCCGGCUGCCCCCGGCCGCGCCAUGUGGCAGAGCGUCGGGCUGACCCUGCUGGUGAUCGUGGCCACGCUGGCCUGCGUGCUGCUGUUCAUGCUGUGCGGAUGGUAUGUGGUCUGGCAAUUGUUCCUGUCUAAAUUCAAAUUCCUGAGAGAAUUGAUAGGUGAUACAGGGUCCCAGCAGGGAGACAACGAGCCUUCAGAAGCUGAAACUGAACAGGAAACUCCGCCCUCGCCUCAGAGAGGGAGACAGAAAUCGGCUCGGCAGCGAAGGGCACCUACGGAAGACACGACUUAAAGUACCCAUUGAACUUCUGCGUAAACUGUGAA